AUGGCGGUGGGAUUCAACAUCGAGCGCCUGUGUGCUGGUACACCCGCCGAACAAAGUGCUGUUCUGAAGGCCGCGUUGGCGGAGAACCCCGAAACCAGCCGAUCACAACUGACAGACAUUUUGAUAUCGCACGUCAAAGAAGGUUCAGUCUCGCCUUCCGUCAUCCAAAUUUGGCUGGGAGUCGCUCGGUCGCCGAUUGUCGCCGUAGACGUUACCCAGAAAUGCCGGGGCAGUCUGGCCUGGCAGUAUGGCGUCAAGUCUUUGUUCAAGUAUAUCUGCAACGAGGCAACGUUUAAGCAAACAUGGAACUCGAUUGGCGGAGCCCAAGGGCUGGUGAGGCUUAUGGCAGAGCUCAGCCUUAAGGAUAUCCGGGCCCUCUGCGCAGCAAUACAGAAGACCACGAAUUCCGCUCCUGAUAAUUCGCCCCUCCGCGCUGAGCGGCAGGCGCACAUGUCUGAGCUCCUCCAGCUGCUCUGUUCGAAAGACAGCAAUCCUGAUCAAAGACCACUCCGCUCCGUCUAUGCACGUAUAGCUCCCGCCUGUACGCCCGCGGUGGCCCAGGAAUGGGCUAUCAAGAUCGAGCACCGUGAGGUUGAGGACUCGACAGGUGCUGUUAUCCGGGGCCUACGAGAGGCACACUGGGAUGUUUUCAGACAGACAACCUUCGAAAAGGUAUUUUCGGACAACGAGAGAUUGGACCUUAAGCCGCUCAAGCCAUUCUGUGACCGAGAUUUCGAUUUUCUGCUUACGGUUGUCCAGAAGCUCUCUGAGUUGGAUUCACUGCGUGGGCUUCCUUCAAAUGAAUUCUUAACGUUCGUUGCUCCAUUCGCUCGUCGAGCCUCAAAGCUAAAACAGCACCUGGCUCAAUUCUGGACUUUGAUCAACGAAUGUUUGAGAAAACAUGACUCUCUGAGGGCACAAAUACUUCCAUGCAAGGCGAUGUGGCAUAGACCAGCUGGCCUGAUCUCCCCUGCCCUCAUGGCGUGGAGGCAUGAUUCAAACAAUGGCUAUGGGGAUGAUCAUCUGGCUACUUUGAUUGGCUUCAUUCACAAGAACAGAUGCACGCCCGACUUGCUUGUGGAGUUGACAUCUUCGGUAUCACCGUCCAUGAGAUAUCCUCUUGCCCGCCUGUUCUUCAAACACGGAGCUUCUUAUCAAUUUGAUCUGGGGCCGCCUUCUCACACAGAAAGUGCCAUGCUGUCGAAUGUCAAACUACCUACCGCUCUCCUCGAGAAUCUCCCCGGGGUUGAAGCAUUGACCCUUUUUGAGCGAUGGUUGGAAGCCAAUCCGGACCUACAAUUUAUCCAUGGACACGGUUCGAACCGGGGUUCUUUGAUGUCAUAUCACCUCGAUCCAGAGCUAAAUAUCCCCGAUGUCCAUAUUAUCCGAGCGUUAUUGAUUCGUCAAGCGCAAGGCAAUGAUAUAGUCCUACCCACCGACCCAUCAGCUGUCCUUGAAAAUUUGAGGAUUGAAGAGCUUGAACGACGGAGGCGUGAAGCGAUGAGAGGACAGGACUCUGCAAAACGAGGCUUCUAUGCUCAAUCUGCUAUGGCCCUUUCCGUCGCCCUUGGUGAUGUUAAGCUUAUGACGGAGACACUGGUGUGGUGUAGGCGAUUUGUCAAAGAUAGCCCUGCCGCGAGGCAGAUAUUCAAUCAUACAUGGUGUGGUGCAAACCAAACUCGUGAUUUGAUCGCAGCACUUGGCAACUCUCACGCAAACACCAAGGAUGUGUUGGCCGCGAUUUGCCAGGCUAAUGAGUUCCUCUUGUCCUUUCUUGAAACAGCGAGUUUAGCCGUGCAAGAGCCUUCAUUUGAACCUCAGAUUUGGCAUCGGCCAACAGCGAUGGUAACAAUAGCCGCUUCAGACCGCCUUGCACGCAUCGACGGGCUUCAAGACAGACUAAAUUUGUCUGAUGAUGAGGUCUAUGAUGCCGUGCUUAAGCCAACCCUGGACUUGAUCAUUGCUGCCGAAUCACACGUUCUGAAGGCAGAAAAUGAAUGUCUAUACCCAGGCCAGCGGUCUACCGACAUCUAUGUUCCUUACUCAACACUUUGGGCAACAAGGCAACCUGCAUUGCGAUUCUUGGACGCCGUAGCCAAGGCACGAGACGACAUGUGGCUCAAGGCGCGAGUUGAGCAGAACCCAGCGGUAUUUACUCUGCCAAAGCCCUGGCCACGCGGACUCACCUUGGAGUCCUUGGCAGGUGAAAGUUCCGAAUGGGAUCAAUUGAUUGUACCAUAUGUGGAGCAGCGCGCUGAAGCCGUCAUCUUCUGCGAUCCCAAGUUCUUGCUCGCUCCCUUCCCAGAAGACGAAGAAACUCAACUCGCAAUAAGCGGGUUCCUCGAGGACUGGACCAAUGCUCUUGGCUUAUGGACUUAUCAGGGAAAAAGGACUCGCAAUCGCGAGGACCGCGUUCGACGUGCCUGGAACUACGCCUUGGAUGAGCUGAGCAGAGACAGGAUGACACGGGAGGAGGCUGAGCGCUUCUGGAAGCCCGUUUUCGAGGAAGCUGGAAUAGAAACGUCCCUGCUUGGAAUUGACCAGUCUAUGAAUGACAGGCUACCUGCAGAGCUCCCCCAGCAGCCUGAUGUCCCGGGACAGCCCGAAGAAUGGGAUCCCGACCCUAUGCUGCAUGGUCUCUCGCGUAAAGUCUCCAAAAAACGAGUCCUCAGCGAGGUCACCUGCUUGGAUCGUAUGCUCCAACCUCCAAAACGCCACCGAGACACUGAGUGGAGAAGUGACAAUAUCCUCGCCGAGGACUACGAGAUACCAAUCGUCCCGGCCUCCGAGCCACCCAAAGAAUUCUGGCAGUUGCUGCCAUCAAGAAGGUCAUCUCUUGCUCAUUCGUAUGUUGAUGCUUUCGUCGCGGCAGCUGUUCUUUCACUCAACAGCACCUACGGUUUAGAGUCUGUGCUCCUUAAGAAGCCAUUCCCGAACGCGUCUGCUUGGCGUUUCCCAGCAGUCUAUCUGGAAGAAGAUUUCCUUGAGCGUACAGGGAAAAGCCACGAUGGAGCCUUGGACAUUCUGAUACGCCUGAACAAGCAUAUCCCUCCACAGCUCUUGGAAACGCUUGCGUCCUCUAUUCUUGAGCGAAUUGGAUCCGAGAAGAGUGUGGCACAGGCCCCUUACGAAGUAUUCACUAAAGUCGUCAAGCUCCUGUCACGCAGCAAUGAACCUUCGCUUGCCGUUCCUCUCAUCUCUCGCUUUGUCUUGGACUUCCCCAAUGCGAGCUCCUGGCACAGAGCUGUCCUGAACAAGGGCACACUGGCAUCCUUGGACCAUCAAGCCACCGAGGACUUCUUUUCUUCGCUUUGUACCUCCUUCGCGGAGAGGUUGAGUUAUAAAUCGAAGAACAAGCCAAUUCUCAAGAUCACCACGAUCAAGAUGAUCUUGGAGCUACUUGGAAACACUGAAUAUGUCGGACCAUCCUUCAGCUUUGACAUUAUUGCAAAGAAGCUGCUUCGUCACGCCAAUCACGUUGAUGUCCGAGUUAAAGCCCUCUCAAGCCUCCUCGAGGUUUACAAAGAGGACCCAACGCCGGAAGCACUCGCUGUUCUUCGCAAUUACGCCGUUCCCAUGGCUGCAUCUCUCAAUGAGCGACUGAAGCCUUUGACAGAAGAGGACUGGCAAGCCAUUGAGAAUAGUGAUGCUAAACUGCCCGAGGUCAGUGUGGGGUCGGAAGAAACCCCGGUCGUAGACCUCUUGCAAGGCAACCGACAUCCACACACAUUUGAGGAAAUAGGCGAUUUGGCAUACGAGGCCCAGCGUCUAUCUGUUACGGAGAACGCUCGCUGGAUCAGACUCUUCCUAAAAAGGAACGGAUUGACCCUGACCUCGGAGAGCCUGGAUAUUCUUUGCUCUAUACCUAAAUUUCCCUGGGCCAUUUCGAAUACGUUUGACUGCUCAAGUCUUACCAAGGUUCCCCAAGACUUAUUCCAGGCGGUGGCUCGCCACCAUCUUUUCUGCCUACACUUGCCGCAGGAUAUCGUGGCCAUCAACGAAGCUCUCAAGAAAACUCCUAAUUAUUCCCUUUCUAACUCCUUCGUUCGAUGGCUCGAGCUCACAGAAACGCCGAAACACUUUCUCGAUGAGACUCGAACAUGGGCUGUAUCGGCUCUAGAUUUUUUUGACAGCCGCGACGAUCUAAUGACCGAUAUCCCGGUGGCGACCCUUGCGGACUUGGAGGAGUACUUGAUUGGCAUAUCUAAAGCCUACAUCGCAAAGGCCGAUCUCAGUUCAUUUGAUUCCAUCGUCAACUCUCUCCCUAUCGAACCAAACCACCAAACUUGUGGGAUUGCCACGGAAAAGGGGGGAGGAAAAGUGCUCAGCUACCUCACUGAGUACGUCGACUCGCUUCGCACACCGGAAUGGCAGUCAAAUCCAUCCCGGCAGCCUGAAGUCCUGCCCCCGAGCUUCCCCCUCCAUCUACGCAGUAUCAGCUACGGCCGCGACAGCCCACUGGAAACACUCCCUCUCUUCAUCGACCGAGUCGUGGCCAUAUUAUCCUCUAUUAUAGAGUCCGGGAAGCCGUAUCAUCAGGACUACUUACUUCUAGAGAGGAAAACUUGCACCAACCUCGCACACGUCUAUGUCUCUGGCGCUCGGCUCCUCGGAUCACUGGACACAUUCCCUGAUCCUAGGAACCCGACCCUGCUGGAACGUCUGCGGGUACAAAUGGCAUGUGCGGUGCUCAACCCUUCUGUGAACUCUCAUGCGCUGCAGGAAGACGAGGAGGCACAGGAGCUCAUGAAAGGGUGGAAGGAGAGCAGCGUCGAAGAGUUCAGAGACUUGGCCCGAAACCUUAGUUUUCCACUUUGGUGA